ACACCAUUUGUACAUGUGCCGGGUCGGCAGCAAAAACUUCAGAUAAAAAAUACAAUCGAAUCGAAGCGUCCAGAAAACAAACGAAUUUUAUUCGCAACCAGUACAAAUACUCUGUAAAAUGUCUGCCGAGGAAGGACAGUUUGACAACAUCCUGCUGGCCGUGGCCGAAAAACAUCGCGGCGGCGUGCCCGAGUUCCUGGGGACCUUGGCCAGUUUUUUGCGACGCAAAACCGACUUCUUCACCGGAGCCAAACAGGCGGAAUGGGAGAAGCUCCUGCUAGAUGUUUUCAAAAAGGAGUCAAAACUGGCCAUGGAAGCUCAUGGCGAAAAGGUGAAAAGCCGCGAGGCUGCCCAACGUCUAAAGGAGGAAAAGGAGCGAAAGGAACGCGAGGCUCGCCAAAAGGAGAUCAACGAAAACAAAAUAUGUGAUAUCACCGAUGAUGAGGCGGCUGCCAUUAUCAAGGAAGAAGAAAACAAAAAACGUCAGCAGCUGCUGGAUGGCGCUGGUGGAGAGCCUGCUACCCCAAUAAACGAUGACAUCUCGAAGCCCAUUGAAAAGGUGGACGAUGAGACCGAAAAGGGCGAGCUGGGCAAGCUGAUGCCAAAUGCAGGCAAUGGUUGCACCUUAGACAAGUACACCUGGACACAAACGUUGCAGGAGGUGGAGCUCAAGAUUCCCUUCAACGUGUCAUUCGCUCUUCGCGCCCGCGAUCUGGUGGUCAGCAUUGGCAAGAAGUCGCUGAAGGUGGGCAUCAAAGGUCAAGAGCCCAUCAUCGAUGGCGAGCUCUGUGGCGAGGUGAAGCAGGAGGAGUCCGUGUGGGUCUUGCAAGACAGCAAAACCGUGAUGAUCACCCUCGACAAGAUCAACAAGAUGAACUGGUGGAGCCGCCUGGUCACCAGCGAUCCGGAGAUAUCAACACGCAAGAUCAAUCCAGAGUCGUCGAAGCUAUCGGAUUUGGAUGGCGAAACACGCAGCAUGGUCGAGAAAAUGAUGUUCGAUCAGCGGCAGAAGGAGUUGGGUCUACCCACCAGUGACGAUCGCAAGAAGCAGGAUAUACUUGAGAAGUUCAAGCAACAGCAUCCCGAGAUGGACUUCUCCAAGUGCAAGUUCAAUUAGAUUUACAUUCUCAGCCUAAAAUGUACAACUUUCGCUUUCGCACUCUUCUCACUCGUUCACAUUUGAAAUGUGUAUUCUUCUUCAUCUUUCCAACCACCCAAUAAACUAAUGCAAGCAAAAUAAAUAUAAUUUCUAUACCGUA